AUGGCGACCCAUAAAGAAUGGGAGAAACACACCGCCGUUUUCACGGCCGUGCGCCGAGGAUCGUUGAUGCAGGAGCUCGACAAAUUCAGCGACGACCAGCUGCAACCCUUCCUGCCCCUGUUGGUGUCGUCGAAAUUCGGGCCGAAUUCGAGCAGCGUUGCGCCCGAGCUCUUCGCGCGCUUGACGACCUUCUCGCGCGAGUCGUUCAUCCUCGACUUUUUGAAGGUUGACUACACCGAUGUGGCGAAACGGAUCAAUGACUUCUCCAACUACAACACCACCUCGAAGAGCCCGGCCGACAAGUACGUCUACUACGUGUCGAAGCUGCUGCGCACGGAAAUCGUCGAUUCCAAUCUGCAUCAAUGGGUCGGCGACAGCGAGCUGCCGAUGGCGACCUUGUUGCUGUCGUUGGCGAUUUUGCACAUGCCAUCUGUCGUGAGGACGUCGUUGGUCGUCAACCGGUUGCUGUCGAUCCAAAACGGGCCGCAGAUUUUGGCGGAGAUAGCUUGUAACGUCCCUUCCGAGAUCGACCUCAUCAUCCAGGCGCUUUUGACGAAAGUGACGCCCGAGGACACGCCAAAGGGCAAGAAUCGCGAGCAAAUGUUGAUGAAUUUACUCUCCCUGUGCCCGGUGCUGAUCACCGAUCGCGUCUUGGCCAAGUUGACGGAGCACAAGCGCGAUGCCGCCCUAGCUGCCCGGCUUUGCGCACUAAUAGGCUCCGACACGCAAUUCGUGAGGUUCAUGUCGUCCCACCUGACCGACAACACCUCGCCGGUCCACAUCGUCAUCAGAAGAAGCGCCCAAAAACCGCACGUUGUCGCCCCGAUUCUACAGCGAACUUUUGCAAUCCUGAGGAAGCUGGUGGAAAGCAAAAACCAUGAGCCGAACCCGGAAUUUAUCAUGGCCUUGGCCCAGCUGAAGAUUCUUUGUCAAGGCAAGCCGAGUCGCGAGGAUCUGGACCUACUCCAGCAGUACUUGACGUUUAAAAUUCCAGUCCACGCGCAUACGCACGCCGCGCUCUGCGCGCUGCUGUCCAUCACCUCGCUGACGAGCGCCCAACAAUCGACGCCAAACGCGCCGACGCCGCACAACGAGCAGCGCUGGAUGGUCGACUACCUGCAGUGGCUGAAGGCCGAGGCCCACGCCAGUCACAGGCGUCAAGACUCAACGUUCCACUCGAUCCUGAUCGCUGCGCUGUGCGUGUGGACGGGUCGUGUCGACGAGAUCAACCGAUUUCUGGGCUCUUCGCUGUCUUGCAAGGUCGCCAUCACCUCACGUCACUUCCAAGCGAUUCGCGCCCUUCUCCUGUCCGUGCUGCCGGAGAAGGAGCUCGUGCUCCUCUGCGUCGACCUACCGGUUACGAUAGAUCUCCACGACUCGCACGAGUCCUCGGAGCCGCUUCCGAUUCUGUGGAUCUCGGAUCUGCUGUCGCAGAAGGUGUUCCAGAAGUACAACGUCGACGUCGGGAGCUGGAUAGGACGUCAAAUUUCGGCAGCCGCACUUCCAACAAGCGCCGUGCUCAUCGAGGUCAUCGAGAGG